ACGCACACGCACUCACCCGCAGAGUAUUUGGUCUAUUACUCAGAGCUAUUUUCAGUGCUAUCUUUUACGGUGAGUUCUCGGUACUGUUUGGCAUGGAUGAAACUGCUCAGCAGAGAUGCAGAAUCAUUGUUAGCUCACUGAAGAGGACUGUGGAACGUGUCAGAUGAGGGUGAAAGAAGGAAUCUGUGCCUGAAGAGAGAGAAGAUCGGGAGCUUGGAGUCAAAAAGAAGGAUUCGGUUCUGUGAGUCCUGGACUUUGAUGGAUCAGAAUCAACUCAAACACUACUCUUUCCAGUUUCAGGAUUACACGAAAACUACUAUGGCUACUGCUCCUGAGGUGUCCUUCUCUGUUAAACCAAAUCAACAAGAAAUGUUUACAGACCCAACAAUUGAUGACUGCGAUACACCCCAUCAAGACACAUACACAGCCCUCUCCUGGCUUAUGGUUGGACAGUUUGUACUGGGUCUCCCUCUCAACCUGUCUGUCCUUUACAUCUUUCUCUUCAGAUUCAAGUUCUGGAAGAACAAAAGCAUCUUCCUGUUCAACAUUGUGCUUGCUGACUUUUUGCUGGUGGCCUGUCUUCCUAUCAAGAUCUACCAUUAUCAGCAUGGCGUGAGGCGCAGCCAGGAUAAUGUGGUUUGCAAGAUGAUGCUCUUCAUGCUGUUUCUCAACCGUGGAGCCAGUAUCGCCUUCCUCAUCACUCUGUCCCUCGAUCGCUACUUUAAUGUAGUCCAUCUAGGGAGGAAAAACUGCGUCAAAGUGUUAAAAAGAUCUCCUCUUAUAUCAGUGGUCAUCUGGCUCCUCUUGCUGCCCCUCACCAUCCCCACAAUGGUCAAUACCUUUGAGUGCUGCAACAGCCACGGCCGUGAGAAGGAGACACCGUUACAUGAUGUGACGGACACAUUCAGAGAGAUCGUCUUCUUCACUCAGAUCCUCUUCCCCUUCGUUGUGCUCGUCUAUUGCACGGCCCGCAUUGUGAGCCGGCUGAGGAAGAAGACGGUGGGGGAGAUGAACAAGCUGAGGAGAGCUGUGUUUGUGGUUGUGUCUGUUGUUAUUGUGUUCUCCAUUUGCUUCUUGCCCUGCGCUAUAGCCAGAGCAGCUCUGCUGACCGUGCGACUGAACUUUUGGGAGGAUGCCGAGAAGAUAGUGGUCCAGGUUUAUGAUAGCCUCAUGGUGUUGUCCUACAGUGACUGCCUGCUGGAUCCACUGGUUUACUGCUUCUGCCAUUCAGGGUUUAAAAAUGCGUACAUAUCCACCUUCUUUCCUGCAUUUCUCCGAAAGAGACUCAUCAGUUAUGACAACGGCGUAGGAACUGCAACAACUACAAUUUCUGGGAUAAAACUCACUUCCCUGGCAGCAGCAAAAUGAUUUUUGUCUCUCAUAAAUUGGAAUAUGACUUCCAUUGUAGUAUAGCAGGACUGUACUCAGGUGCAUAGAUAGCGUAGCCAUUCCUCUGCCGUUGUUAAAGCAGCACUAUGUAACUUUUCCACCUUAAUAUCAUAUUUCCAGAGUCAUUGUGAUGGUACAUCAACUUCCAACAGGUUUAAUGACACCUCUGUCAUGGUCUGAGUGGGUCUGUAUCGCCUUCACUUGCACUAUGUAACUUUGAGGAGCAUGGUAGGAACCCUGCCACAUUACUGGUAAAGCACUACCGCCUUUGUCCAAAGGAGCCGCCAAACUCAACAAAAGCUGAAAGUUACAUUGUGCUGCUUUAAAGUCAUCUCUGAAAAGGUGAGAACAAUACUUUUAUAUAUACUUCAUGUAUCUUUUUGAGAAAGAUAGUAGUCUGUGAGCAGUUUGCCUUUUUUCAUGCCUUUAGAGACCACCCGUUUAAGAAUUUGUUGUUUGUUGUUGUGCACAUUCAGUAAUGACAACAUAUGUAAUCAAUAAUUCUGUUAGCACUCUUCUGGAUAUGUACACAGUAUCCCAAAAUACAGUAAAUACCACGGCAUUGUGCGUGCGUGCGUGCUUGGGUGCGUGCGUGCGUGCGUGCGUGCGUGCGUGCGUGCGUGCGUGCGUGCGUGCGUGCGUGCGUGCGUGCGUGCGUGCGUGCGUGCGUGCGUGCGUGCGUGCGUGCGUGCGUGCGUGCGUGCGUGCGUGCGUGCGUGCGUGCGUGCGUGUGUGUUUUAGUGUGUGGAUGAGGAGAUUUACAAGGUUGUGCUGAGACUCUGUCUUAUUCAUAAGGUUUCCUAAUUAAGCCAGAUCAAGUCUAAACCCAUUAUUCAUAUUGAUUGGCAAUGCUAGAAGACAUGUUUAUAAUGGAAAUACAUGUAUAUAAGAGCAUUUUAAUUUACUUGGAUCCUUUUCAACCCAGGUGUAGUAUGUUGGAUGUCAGUACCCACAAAGUCUGCAACAGUAUUCUAUUCAAAAUAAAAAUGUAUAUAUAUAUAUAUAUAUAUAUAUAUAUAUAUAUAUAUAUAUAUAUAUAUAUAUAUAUAUAUAUAUAUAUAUAUAUAUACAUUUGCAGUGCAUGCAACACAAAAACCUCUUUUUAACAUUUUAUAAUUGCCUCGUUUGGGUUUUAGCAUUAAUUCAUUCGUGCAGUUGCAUUUACACUGACAGUUUACAACCAUGGUGACUUUAAUGGUGAACAUUGUUCCUCUGUUUAUACUUAGAGGAGACUAAUAAGAUUGGGUUUAAAAUCAGACCGCUGCUACCACUGCAAAACAGUCAACUACCAGUUGAGUGUUUAAACCUGAAUGUCUGUAUUGAAACUAAACACAUUCCUACUGUAUGUACUUUUGUACAAUGUUGUUUAUCCAGAUUUCAUUAAAUAUAUGAUUGUGUACCGACUGAAGAGCUUUGUAUAUUGCCGCGUUAAAUACACGUAAUAUAUUCUCCAGUCAGUUUACAAGUAACGUGUGUUUUCCCCCAAGUCCCCAUCCUCUUUCCCCACAAACAAGUACUGAAUCAAGACCUCCAUAUACCCAUAAUGAUCGUUGAAAGAUCCAAAUAUUGACAUUAUUCUUCAGGCCCACCACUUUCCACCCUUUCACAAGACGGUGCUACAGUUUGUUCAGGUUGUGUCAUGUGCUGUACGCCUUGUUGAAGCCGCAGUUCCCACCAGCUCAUCCGUUUGAACCAUUCUCAACAAUUUUCAAUGCCCUUUUGCACUGAGCAGAUUACCGGUAUGUCUGUUUUGCAAUAAGAGAAGUGGUUUUGGAUGUCAAGUUAAGUCUGGCAGCCUCUGGAGUAUCUGGAGUAUGCUAUCACAACAACGAUUACAGCCGAGAAAAUGAGCAUGAAAACAAAGGCAAAUAAACAAUAAAGAUAAAAAAAAACAUUGAAUGUUAUCACAGCUUUGCUCCUCCCAUCUUUGAAGGCUGACUCCAUGGCCUGUCUGCUGCUAAACAGCCAGUAAUGACUUAAUGACACAGCCUGAAAGCAGUUUUAUGGAUGAGUAAGAAGAGUAAUAGGAGCUGAGUUGGAGACUUGACGGAUUCAGUGGGAAAGUGAGAAAAUACUGAUUUAAAGGAAUUAUCUACAUUUUCUAAUAAGUGUCUUUUAUAUGGAUCUGCUGUUUAAAAAGAGAGAAAGGAUAUCCCAGUGCUAAAAACUUUUUUUUAUCUGAAUUAGAAACAAUCUGUAAAUCUGGACCCAAGUCAUCAUACAUGGAUCCUAUAUAACGUCUUAAACUUCAGACAAAAUUAAGAGUUUUACUGUUUUUUUUUUUUUCAUUUUCAUUUCUUUUUUGUUCUUUCUAGUAACUGUGUUGGGUCAUGUUUGGCUACACAAGUUCAUACUAAAUCUCUGGCGUUGCACAGCCAUCUAGUGGCAAUGAAACAAACUUCAGCAAACAUCAGCACUCCUGAUGUAUAAAAGAUGCAGUUUCAUACCUCUUAUACUGAAUAAGAAAACUUCCACUUUGGGAUUCUCUUUUGUAAUUUAACCUACACUACUGUUAUUAAUCCAAAAAAGGCAUAAAGAAAAGCUUGUGCCUUGUAUUUCUUGAGUUUUUCUGCACCAUAAUCAGAGAUUAAGCUGGGAUUCAUCAGUUAAAGGAGAAUGAAUCUGGGGGUCCCAGAUCAUGAUCAUGUGGUUGUGUGCAGUGUCAGGGUGAGUAACUGUUGCUUUAUUGUUAUUAAAGUGUUUCAUUGAAAAAUUUUAGUAAAAAAGAACCUGCUUUAACUUUAUAAACUCUACCACUGCAAAUACGGAAGACCAAAACUGACAUAAUUGAAAGUAAAAGCAGAAAUGUAUAGUUUUUGUUUUUCCUUUUCCUUAUACGUGCAUUUUCACCCAAAAAUGUAUAUAUAUAUAUAUUUUUUUUUUGUAUAUAUUUGUUUUUCCCUUCCCUUUCUAUUGACUAAUAGUAGAGAAGCUGGACCAAGAAGGGCAGCCUUCCUCCUUUGCACAAUGUGGUAGAAAUAAUAAUGUAAAGAGACAAGGGAAUGUAAAAACAAGGAAUGCAUGUAUAAAGAAAAGGGAAAUUAUUUUUAAUUAUGUCAGUUGCAAAUAUUGUAUCUGGCAGUGGCUACUAUAGUGCAAAACUAGCAUUUAAGGAGAAAACCUGAAAACCAUUUAUAAAAUUCUCUGUAAAUGAUCAUGUCACAAAAUUUCGAAGAAGAAAACAAUUAUCGUUGCUUUUGUUUGUGCACAAACCUCUUAAUCUCCAGGGUUAAAAUCUUUCUGUGUGAUGGAUGAAGCCAAAGAAGAAGAGCGUGAUAUGAGACGGUGACCAAAAGAAGAUUUAAAAUCUGCUUUGAUU